AUGGUGGAAGGUGGGAUUAUGGCUCUUCUGAUUCCCGGAGUGCCGGAGUUUUGGGACCCACGAAAGGAGUUCACCGUUGUAUCGACGGUCGAACUUCUGAGAUCUUCUCUUGUCGACAUGGCCAAAAAGGGAGGAAUAUUGGAAGCUGCAAAGGCAAUCAUCGAAGAAGAAAUCGCCACAAAAUUAGAGAUUCCAACUUCAAGCAAGCACUUCUGCAUUGCCGAUUUCGGGUGCUCAACCGGCAGCAACUCUUUUCCGGCCAUGCACACGAUCAUCGAAGCCAUCAAACAAAAAUACAAAUCUUCAUACCUCAAGACCCCAGAAUUUUAUGUUUGCUUCAACGACGUCGUCUCCAACGACUUCAACACCUUCUUCAGUUCUCUCCCACCCAAUAGGAGCUAUGAGGUAGCUGCAAUAGCAGGAGACUUCCACGGCCGCCUUCUCCCGCGGUCAUCCAUAGACUUUGCGUACUCUUCUUGGGCGCUCCAGUGGCUGACAGAGGUGCCCAAGGCGGCCGAGGGCCUCAAGUCUCCGGCUUGGAGCGGAAGAGAGAGAGAGGAGGUUUAUGAUGCUUAUUUAGGUCAAUUUGAGAAGGAUAUGGAGUCAUUCUUGAAGUGUAGGGCUGUGGAAAUGGUGGAUGGUGGGAUUAUGGCUCUUCUAAUUCCCGGAGUGCCUGAAUUUUGGGACCCACAAAAGGAGUCUACCGUUGUAUCGCGGGUUGAACUUCUCAGAUCUUCCCUUAUCGACAUGGCCAAAAAGGGAAGAUUAAGUGAGGAAAUAUCAGAGAUAUUCAACCUUCCAUACUACUUUCCCACCGCGGAGGAGCUGAGGCCCAUACUGCAAAAAAAUAAUAGUUUUAGCAUAGAAAGAAUGGAGAUUUUAAAAAGUGGGGCAUUUCUCAAUGUUGAUGGCCACGUGGCAUGUCUUAGGGCGGUUCAUGAAAAUAUGCUUACAAACAAGUUUGGAGCUGAAACCAUCGAUGAAAUAUUUGACCUUUUGAAGAAGAAAUUCCAUGCUUCACCAGUAUACGCAGAUCCUUCUAAAGAUAGAACUAUUAUGAUUGUUGCUAUCCUCAAGCACAACAAUGUGUAG